GCUCUUAUCCAAUUUCCAAUGGUGGAAUGAUAUUCUGAUUUCUUUAAUCUUUCAAGAAGCAAAUGUGAUUGAUCCUGUCGAAUGCUUUCUUGUAAUCUAUUAACCAAUUCUUAUAGAAUCUGUUUGAAACGACCAAUUAUUGAUAAGAUCAAUAAGAGCAGAUAUAGUUGAAGAUCUUGGGAUAGUGCCGUACUGCUUUGAAUCGGCUUGUGGUAGGAGAGCAAAUUACAACUUGGUGAUCCGAUAUUCCGAGAGCAGCUUCAACAUCUGGUUCGUUGUAGUAAUUAGCAUUAUUGGUAUAGAUAAGAUCCAGCUUAGAUCCCUGACGUGCAUAUUGAUCUUCCGUAACUAAGAAAAUAUGGCGAUAGGACGCCAUACCGUCGUGUGGAUAGGGAGGUUUUCCGAUGCAUUUAUCAGGAAGGGGGUCGUCAAGAGCUUCGGUGUCCUACUUCCAGCUAUGAAAGUCUACUUGAACACGAACUACACGACCAUUGGACUCAUCCUUUCUCUCAACGCUGCUUUUACACAACUUGCUUGUCUGGUGAUGAAUCCUUUGAUAAAAUGGUUAGGAUCAAGGCGUGUAGCGAUCAUUGGUGGAACCAUGACAGGGCUGUGUACCCUCUGUACCGCUUUUACUAGUUCAGUUUAUCUAACAGGGUGUCUCCUGGUAUCAGCAGGAUUCUUUUCAGCUGGCUCCAACCUAGGAACGACGACGACUCUUCGGUGGCAUUUCGGACCACGUUUUGGCUCCGUGAAUUCCCUUGCCCUCAUUGGAAUAUCGGCAGGGUCUACCCUCUUACCUCUCCUGACGGCCGAAUUAUUAAGAAUCUACGGUAUCAGCGGGACACUUCUUAUACUUGGUGGCCUUCUCCUAAACGAGCUACCCAUUGGCGCGGUCAUGGUGCCACCUAGGAACCACUUCGUGCACGUUGCAACUCAUUCGGACGAAGUUGAUUGUGACACUAAAAUGGCUGUCAAUGGUGUAUUUGGGGAUAGUGACAAAGGGGGUGAGAUUUACCAUGUCGGAAAUGGCGUCUACAAUCUUGCUGAAAGCAAGAACGAAGUCGAAGUAUCGAUAGAUCAAGAACAGUCGGCUACAAGUGCCAAUUCGUGCCGAAGCUGUAUGAAAUCAACCAAGGACACGUUUGACUUCCGGAUAUUCCGAGAAGAGAAAUAUUUCACCGUCUUCAUGCUUCCAGUGCUCAUUCUUUCCGCUUUGGCCAAUUAUGGCUGGGUCCUCUUCGUGACGUCAUACGCGAUCUCGGUCGGCGUGGAUUCAUUCAAAGCUGCCUACCUCGCUGCCGUCGGCGCGUCCGGUGGCAUGGCUUGCUGUGCGGUGCAGGCUAUUAUUUUUCACUGGCAGCCAAGGUGGAGCCCGCAUGUUAUGGCCUUGUUGUCUCUUAGCGCUGCAGUGACAUUGAUGAUACAGACAUUGAACUCUACCUUACAUUCCCUGUUGAUAUGUUCUUUCGUCAUUGGUGCCAGUUUGUACGGUUUAUCUGUCGUGGUCGAUGCCGUCGUAGCCGUUAUAGUAGCACCGACAAAUUUCCAAGCAGCUAUUGCUUUCACCUUUGCCUUAGAAGGGAUUGGUACAUUGAUCGCCGGACCAUUCUCGGGAUUUCUCUUCGACUACACCGGGAGUUUUGAGACGGUUUUCUUGGUUCUUGGAGGCAUCGCUGCUCUUGCACACAUUCUUGGUGUCCUUCUUAUAAUCACCAGACGAUGUUCUAGACAGCAUCACAAAGUGGCUGAACAACGUCUCUAAUUACGAGAAUACAUGUGGAUGAACUUUAAAAGUCAGCGCUUUAAAAGCUCCGUUAAACAUUUGAAACGAUUUUGCCCUAUGAUAAUCUAAUCUAACUCGCGAACUCUCCCGAGCCCAAGAUGUUUUGUCUGUCUUUGGUCUGAUUCAGUUCAGUCCCACGGGGUAUGCGUGGUCUUGUGAUUACGUACGCUAGUUGUGGUUAAUUACAAUGCUGUAAUCGUUUGCCAAAUACAAUUGGCCUGGAUAUCGCUGCAUAUUUGUUUUUGAUGGUGACGUGUAUAGUCCGCAUUUUAACCUUAUAUUACCGUGAAUCGUCUCUGGGCUGUUAAUAAUAAUAUUUGAAAUUUAUAUAGCGCAUAGUAGUCAAAAGACUCUCUAUGCGCUUAAAACCUUGUAUCUCAGAAUUGAAAUAUUUCGAUAAUAGUUCAGAAUUAGCUUUAUUUUAGAGUGACAACAUGGCUUACAGCCUUCUUUUGCUUAGAAAUAGUUCUUGACAGGUAUCAAGAUAAUGUUUUCAGACAAUGAGCUUCCUCACCAUUGUCAUACUUCUAAAAUACAGCCUUCUUUUCUAAGCUGCCCUCAAAAUUAUCAAAGGUUUGAUAAACAUGUACGUGGUCUUACCAGCCCAAUCAAGAUAUGCAAAGUAUUACCAACUCUUAUCUUAUUCUAUGUGGGUCUGGCAUACAGGGGGCAAUUAUAGGUUUGAAGAUUUUUUUUUCGGAAGAAAUAUUAAUGCCAAUAGUGCUGACAUGGAUGAGCACUUAGAACCCUUGAUCAUGGUUCCUUGCAAUUUGUUUGUUUGGCUCUUACUUACCAUUUACUGAGCAAUAUUCAUUGAUUUGUGAAACAUAAGACCCCUGUUACACUGGAAUUUCAAUCUUGGGGCGCCCCGAGACUGGUUUCCAAAAGUUGACCUAAAUUUUUGACACCGGAUUAGAAACCUCCCCGAGACUGGUCUCGGGGCGCCCCGAGACAUCUUAGGAAAUCCGGUGUAUUAGGGGCCGGUCUGAGUCUGUCUCAUUUCUAAACUAUCAAUAACAUGCAAUAAUAAUAUCCAGUGUGAUACUGAUAUUAAACCAAUUUCAAAAUAA